UAUCAUUUCAGUGGCAAGGCUCCCUUGCAGAAAACAGUUAAAAAGUGUUUUCCUGCAUGCAAGUAUCACAAAGUGGUGAACAAAUAUAAAAAUUUAAAUUUGAAAGCUAGUAGUCCAAAAUGAAAUCUUAACAUAGAGGAAUGCAUCAGUUUAGGUCAAGAUAAAUGUGGGUUCCAAAAAGGCAUUUUCAGUGGUUUUCAAUGGUUUUCUUUUUUUGCCAUAAGGGACAAAUGUGUCGGGUUUUGCGUCGCUUAGCUAAUUUAACGAACUGAGACGACGAUUCUAAAAUUUCUUAAAAAAGAAUAUGCUCUGCCAAAUUUGCGCUAUAUAUAAUUAACUCAGCCAAAAUGUCUUGAGAAUAAAAGAAAACUGAAUGGCACAAAAUGUCACCAGGAACUCUGAAGGGUUAAAGGUGGUCACUAUUUAUAUAAGCAGUGGUUUGAGAAAGCCAUUACACUUGGACAGACAUUCAGUUCAUUGCGCUCUUGACUGUAUCGUCAUCUUCAGGGAUUUUGAGGUGAUCAAAACUGUGAAACGUCUGACUAAAUUAGCUCUUCAACAUAUCCCAAAACUGGGAGAGAUGGAGUCUUUGACACGGAGCUAUUGAAGGCAUCUGUCUGACAGUGUGUAUGAAGCAAACAGAUAUGAGACGUUCAUUCAUACAUCGUCCAUAAGAGUAGAAUAUUAUAGGUCAUUUGAAUAUUGUCUGAAGUGGGAAAGACCCAUGUUUCGCCGACGUUCUUCCAGACUACCGAAGAUCUCCAAGAAGAGUCCAGAGCGAAGCCCCAGCCCAAAUGAAGAAGUUAUCCAGCGGAGGUUGAAGGGUAAGAGACACAGGACAGGGCUGAAGAAGGCCGAAGCCUCCGACAGUGUAGUUAAUACAGAUGACGGGAGGGUCCGUGACAUCCUUGACAUCAUCAACAGUACACAUGACGCAAAACUUGUUGCAGAAGAGGAUGAAGUAAAGUUUGUAGAGGUAGCUGAUAAAGGAGUGGAUGUGUCAGAUGAAGACAGUGUCUCCGUCACCAGCAGCAUAGCUUCUGGACCUUCUCUGCUAUAUAACGGCGCUUCCAAGAAACCGAGACCCUCGCAGGGCUUGUGCUCAGCCUGUCGCAAGCUCUACCAGAAGGCAAAGAAGAUGAAAGCACCAAUUAAAAACAAACUCUUAGACAAUGAUCCCAAGUCUCUGACCUGUGACCAGUGGGUCCUGAUCAAGACGUUCAGACCGAGGAGGCCGCUUAUUGCAAGAGGGAAGCUUUUGAUCCAUGUACAGCUGGUUAAGAAAAGGCUUAAGGUGAAGAACGGUACCAAGAGCAGUAGAAAGCAGUCUGUGGGAGAGAGAGAAUCAUCAACCUGCUCGAGGUCACACACUUUCCUUCAGAGGAACCUCAGAGUGCCAGUGACAAAGGAGAGGAAGAAGAACAGGAGGAAGAGGAAAAGAGAUGAUUCUCAGGGUCCAAACGCUGCUAAGCAGCAGCGUCUCAACAGCAACAGUCGCCUCCAACACAUCAGUGUUAGCUGUACCGAUGAUCUUCGUCCAACCAGCUCCCCCAGUAGCUGCCCUGAUUUUACGGGUAGUAGCGAUAAAGAAAUCGGCAGUCCAGCGGAGAAAGAUCUGACUGUUGAGUUGAUUCCUUUCACAGUCACACUGGACCCACCCAAGCAGGAUGCACCAAAGAGGGGCGGAUUCAGAGACUUGCUUUGUCAGUUGCGUGGGAACAGCAGCAAGAUUGUGAGAGAAACACGUUAGUGAGGCAACUUUUUUAAAACCAUAGUUUAACCACUACAGUAUCAAGCAUUCAAGCUCUGAAGUAGCUUUAACUUGUGAUGUUUCGUUGACCUUUAGGGUUGUUCAGCCCGGUUGUUAUUCUGUUUUGAAUAUCAGUUUGUAAAUACUUGUUGCCAUUUAAUUGGAGACAUAUACCUGUUUAUUGCAGUCAAAUACCUGUGCAUAUGCCUGUUUUUUUAGCAAAUAUUUGCUGCAGUUCCACAUACUUAUUGUGUUAUUUAUUUUUUCUUAAAUUUCAAAAUUACAUUUAAAGAUUCGUACAACAGGAUGACUGUGUGUGGGGAGAUUUUUUUUUUAAUACUGUUUAUCGUAUCUCUAUGACAGACCGAUUUAACAUUUCCUCUGCCGGUAGACCUACAUGAGCACCUCAAUACAAGGAUCCAGAUGAUUCACUGUGACAUACUAAUUCAAAGCAGGUUUUGAACAUAUUAUGUCUUCACGCUAGAAAAGUGACAGGAUUAAGCAUACUAAAAAAAUGACAAAUUUGCUUAGGUAUUUGCUUUUUUUGUGUGUGUUGAUGUUUUCCCACAAUGUAAUGCACUAAAGAAAUGGAGGUUGUACUCACAAAUGCAACCCAUAAUUUUAAUUUAUGACAGCAGAAGUUGCACUUUCACGGCAAUUGUAUCAUUUCCUCUUUGCAUAAAUAGUAAGGUAUGUUGCUUUAUAUGUUGAACUACAAUGCUUAACAUAUAUAAGAGCAUACUGUAUACUUUUAGUAGGUAGUAUAGAUUUGGGAUACAGUGCAUUUCUGCCCCUUCUGUAUGAAUAAAAAAAUCGAGAAUAUACCGGGUUCAAACCAUGAUCUGUGAACAUUGGAAAGGGAAUAGUUUAUUUACACUACUCUUGUAGCUCGUAGUAUUUUCAGAGUUUUUGGGCUGUUAGACUCUUUCUGUCAAAGUCCACAUGGUGGCGCCACUUUAAUGAAGGACCCCGGUUACACUACAUUAACCCUGUGUGCCUCAGUUAUUGCCCUUUUUUAUAACAGAAGACAUGAUUCGUCACAGCAGGAAAAGCACAGGUGUAAUUAAUACAAUUAACGAUCAUUUAGUGUCCUAGUGAGUCAGUAUGCACAAUAACCAGGACCUUGGUACUAGCAUAUACAAAUGAAAUGCAGCUUUUAAUUAAUAAUUGUUUACUCCUGUGUGUUUCCUGUUAUGAAAGCUCAAAAUGUCGGCUUUAAAAAAAAACUUGCUCUUCAGCAGCACAAUUUCCAAUUAAUACUGUCUGUUCUGGUGCCUGUUACAAGAAGCAGCUUUAUACCAAGUCAUGGUGAUCAUUUUGUUGACCAGGAAUAAAUCUUUUAACAUCAGUUUGUGUUCCACAUUCAAGGAGGUUUACACAGCAGUGUUGUUUCUGAGAUGUUUGUGCUGAUACCAGUGAAUGUAGAGGAAGGGUGAGGAAAACGAGAAAGAGAUAAGGGACUGAGGGUUUGACAGCAUUUCUUUUGUGGGGGUGGUGGGUGUUGCUGUUCAC